AUGCACGUUUUACAAGGUGGCGCCGCAAUUGGUGCAUAUAAUGGUAUGUUUCGGAUAAUCAAGUGCGAAUCGGAUCAGGAGGUUUUUCCGGUGGCACCAUGUAUAUAUUUUGCAGCAAUUGUCCAGUUGUUGGCAUCUCUAAUGAAUAUCGACAACGAAUGGCCCUUCUCCCCUCUCUCGUUCUAUGAUGAGUGGCUCGAUCAGGUGGAGACUAAAACAUAUCCAUUAUUGGACACUUGUAGCUUGACACCGACUUCGGAGUCUGAUAGCACCGAAAGUAGUUCAGAUUACAAACUUGGGUCAGUUUCAAGUAGCGAUCCCGUUGACAUCAGCGAUUUUCUUGUGGAUGUGUCUCGGGAAACGCCUAAGCCUCAUAAUAGAAGAAAACUUUCUCAAACCCAAAAGAUAGGCCAUAAUAAGAUUGAGAAAAAGUAUCGGAAUAAUAUUAAUACAAAGUUGGAAAUUCUUCACCGACUUGUGCCCUGGAACUCCACUACCACCCCUAAUUUCCAGGGAAAAGGUGAACACAUAAAGCUGAUACACAAGGUCAGCAAAUCCAUGAUCCUUGAUGGCGCUACCGAGUACAUCAAGCAGCUAAUAGAACGAGAAAAGAGACUCAAAGAUGAGUGUGAUGGACUUAAAAAGCAACUCACACAGCGGACUUGUUUGUGA